GUAUGAUUACGAUGAACAAGCUUUGGUGGACGGACGGUUUAUUGCUAGGGAAAAUCUGAGUCCAAUAGAAUAAAUUUAAAAUCACAGUCCUCCGGAUCUUUCUCUCUCUCGGGUUUGGUUUUAUCGGUCUCUGCUUCACAACCAUUUCUUCCCGUCCCCUUCCAAUGGCUGCCGGCAUAGCUCCUCUCUUUCUCUCCGGUGGAAAUCUCCUCAAGACUAAGGAUAUGUUGUCUGUAAGGCCAGGCACGUUUGUCAAGACACCACCAGUUACGGUUCAUACCAAGACAAGUCGUUCUGGAAUCAGGCGCACCUUGUCUGUUCGCGCUGAGUACAGUGAUCAUAGAGGUGGAAGUGGUGAUUUUGUAGCUGGAUUUCUUAUAGGAGGUGCAAUCUUUGGAACACUUGCAUAUGUAUUUGCUCCACAGAUAAGAAGAUCGCUGCUAAACGAAGAUGAAUAUGGCUUUCGAAGGGCCAAGCGACCAAUUUACUACGAUGAAGGUUUGGAGAAAACGAGGCAGACCUUGAAUGAAAAAAUAGGGCAACUCAAUUCUGCCAUUGACAAUGUAUCUUCCCGGUUGAGAGGUGGUAAUAAUAUACCGGAAGAGCCAAUUGAGACCGAUGCAGAAGAAGCUACAGCAUAAUACCUUCUGUUUCAUUCUCAAUGGUUGCAAAGGCUUCAGUUUCCAGUUUCACCAGUGGGCUCUGUUCUAAUAUGAUAUACAUACAAACAGAAUGCUUGAAGGUGUAAUCUUUCCAGUUGUUGAACUGUUUGGAGAGGUUUAAAUGAUCAGUAAAUUUACUCAUGCCGUGUUAAAUAAAUUUGUUGAAGUUUUCUUGCAACUUGAUUAUACUUUGAAACGUGUUUUUAAUGGCCUUUUUGACUAUGAAUCACAAUUUUGAUGUA